GAGGGUUAGGUCCAGUGGGGGGAGGUUCCCUUGGGUCAGUCCCGACUCGACGGAGCUGGGGGCUCGUUCGGUUUUAUUUUUUAUUCCUUUUAUUGUUGAUUUUAAACCAUUAAAAUGGGUGAUUUCUAAGUUUACAAUAAGUCCCUCGUGCGGUACAGGUCCCUCGUCUGUGCGGAGAGGUAGCUUUGUCUGGUUGGAAGGAACGCCUGGAUUGGAGUCGCCAUGCCAGGGGUGCUUGGUGCACAGAGGCUGAUGGAUCUUUUGGACGAUGCCUUGGCCAAAGAGACCAAGGCAGGGCUCAAUCGCCUCCUGCAGAUUCCUUCCAACCAGGAUGAGGCUAUCUCUCCAGCACAGAGAGACGAGGUUGUGCGCUGGCUCGCACAGCUUAAUGGAACUUUCCGCUUCUACCCCGAGACUCUGGCGCUGGCCGUCAGUACCCUCGACCGCUUCCUUUCCAUCGUCAAGGCUCGACCAAAGUACCUCCGCUGCAUGGCUGUUUCUUGUUUCUUCCUGGCUGCCAAGCUCUCAGAGGAGCCAGAGGCGGUGCCGAUGGUGAAGGACCUGGCUCGCGAGAGCGAGUGCGGCUGCUCGCCGCGCGAGAUCCUGCGCAUGGAGAGGCUGGUGCUGGACAAGCUGGGCUGGGACUUGCGGGUCGUCACCGCUCUCGACUUCCUGCACAUUUUCCAAGCGCUGGUGUGUUGCGGGCGGGAGCAUUCCCUCUCGGCACACGAACUGAGUCGUUUGACGAACCUGCUGUGCCGCUGCCUGACAUGCGGACACCUGCUGGCCACAGCUCGUCGGCCCGCCACUCUCGCCUUGGCUGUGCUCAGUCUGGAGCUGCAACGCAGUGGCUCGCCUGGCUGGUUGGCAAUCACUGCUCAGAUCCAACGUAAAGCUGAGAUUGAAGUUCAGGAUCUGGUGCAGUGUGGGGAGGAGGUGCACCGCUUUCUGUCCACACCACCUUGCCCAAAGCAGCAGCAGCAGCAGAAGUGGAUGAGCGGGGAGAAUGCUGUGUACGUGUUUGCGCCUCAGGCAUGCAAGCCACGACCAAGCCUUUCCCAUGUCAGCAAGCCAGUGCCGUCACCGCGCAGCCCCCUCUUGUCCGACAGCUCUCCCCUGUCCUCCCCCGAGCCUGUGAAGGUCACAGUUAUUGGGCACCCUUACCCCUCUAAGCCCAUCCCUGUGCCGAAUUGGAGGGCUGAGGAAACCGACGCCGACUACUGUGAUUCCAUUAAAAGCCUGUACGGGGAGGAAGGGGAGUGGGGUUCCCCAUGCCCACCACUGCAACCACCCAUGUCUUUAUGAAGGCAUUGUGCAUGUGCAGGGAGAAGUGUGCCAGAAAGGAGUGAGCGAGUAUGCCAACCGUGUGCGCGUUUAUUUUUUUGUUCAAGAGAUUUGUUAGUUACCUGUGAUAACAUAAUGAAGGGGCAUGGAUAUGUUUAACAUUUAAGGAGCCUUUACAGCUGCACAUCUCAAGUCCGUCCAAACGUUGUGCAAGCAGGUUUAUGCUUCGUUUAUAUCGUUGACCACCAAAAUUUCUUCACGAUACAAGCUAUUAUUUAUACUUUGAAAGUUCCUUAAGUUCAUGUUACACUUAAAAUUAAGAGAAUGUUAUUUUAAUUUCAUUUCCAACAGUAUUUAACAUCAUUUGUGCUUAAUUUGAUGACACGCAUAUGGAGGUUUAAAAUUGGGGUCCGUUCUAGAACCUGAACUCGUGUUGCAUCCUUUGAGAAUGCAGUUUUGAAAUUAACAUUUUCCUAUUGCUGAAUUUAGUCUUAGUUUAGGCUGCCACAUUAUUUUGAACUUUAGCUUGUGGAAUAAACAAAGUGAAAAUUAAGUUACAUUUCACUUCCAAGGCUGUUGUUGCUGUGAAAAUUUUAUCAUUUUAAACUAUUGCCACUUAAAAAUCAGUGGGUAAGAAAAUUUUUCAAAGCUUUUGCUGGAAAAAAAGUGCGCACUUCUUCAUACUUAUUGCUCUUCAGUCUGUUACUCAAAAUGUAGUCUAAUGUACUGUAAUGUUGACAUUUUCUCUCUGGCGCUUAACAAGUGCAAUGCACAAAAAAAAUUCCUAAAAACUUGAAUAAAAAAAGUUGUGUAAAGUAUUUUUGUAUGUUUUCCUGUUUUUGGAUUUUGUUAGUGUUGAUAUAAAUGUAUUGCCACGUGAGCCUUUAACAUGAGCUGAAAUGUUGGUGUGCUUGGGCACAAAAUACAUUUCCUAUGAAAUAUAUCUGUUAUGCAUUUACAUAUUUUAAAAUAAUGUUAAUUGCUUAACAUUUGAAAGUGCUGAAAUAUGAUAUUCAAGUGAAAAAAGCAAGAACAUUUGAAAACCACGAUCUGGGUGCAGAUGUGUCGUGUAUGAACAUAAUGCAGUACUUAAUCUUAAGUUGCUUAACCACAUUCAGUUCUCCAUUUAGUGGUGAUCUGCUUAUAACAUUCUGUAAAUGGCAGCUAAGCACACUUUAUGACGGCGCUUUGAUCAUGUCAGAUUUGUAAAGUAUGCCUUUAUAAAAGAUUUAAGUAACUCUUACACUAGAAAUGUAUUAUGUGCUGUAUAUUUGUAUAAUUUUACCUUAUUUUAUGUCGAUGCUGUACUGUGCUUUACAUGGCAUGUCUGCAUACUAGGCAGUGUUGAUGCAGCCUACUUUGCCAAGGUGCCAUUGUCUCCAAAAAAAUAAAUGUUGCUCAAGCGUA